AUGCCUAGGAACUUCUGUCUACCAGCAAUUUCUAUCGCCAAAGAGGAAGCCACUAAAUUGGGAACAGUUAUUGGCAUAGACCUUGGUACAACCUAUUCCUGUGUUGGUGUUUAUAAGAAUGGACAUGUCAAAAUCAUAGCUAAUGACCAAGGAAACCGAAUUACCCCAUCAUGGACUCAUUAUGCAUUCACCGACACUGAAAGAUUGAUUGGUGAGGCUGCAAAGAAUCAGGCAGCUGUCAACCCUGAGAGGACUAUCUUUGAUGCUAAAAGACUCAUUGGAAGAAAGUUCGAGGACGAGGAAGUUCAGAAGGAUAUGAAGCUUGUUCCUUACAAAAUCGUGAACAAGGACGGAAAGCCUUAUAUCCAAGUCAAAAUUAGGGAUGGCGAGACUAAAGUCUUCAGCCCUGAGGAAAUCAGUGCUAUGAUUUUAGGAAAGAUGAAAGAAACAGCAGAAGCAUUCCUUGGGAAGACAAUUAAGGAUGCUGUUGUAACGGUUCCUGUCUGUCUACCAGCAAUUUCUAUUGCCAAAGAGGAAGCCACUAAAUUGGGAACAGUUAUUGGCAUAGACCUUGGUACAACCUAUUCCUGUGUUGGUGUUUAUAAGAAUGGACAUGUCAAAAUCAUAGCUAAUGACCAAGGAAACCGAAUUACCCCAUCAUGGGUUGCAUUCACCGACACUGAAAGAUUGAUUGGUGAGGCUGCAAAGAACCAGGCAGCCGUCAACCCUGAGAGGAUUAUCUUUGAUGUUAAAAGACUCAUUGGAAGAAAGUUUGAGGACGAGGAAGUUCAGAAGGAUAUGAAGCUUGUUCCUUACAAAAUCGUGAACAAGGACGGAAAGCCUUAUAUCCAAGUCAAAAUUAGGGAUGGCGAGACUAAAGUCUUCAGCCCUGAGGAAAUCAGUGCUAUGAUUUUAGGAAAGAUGAAAGAAACAGCAGAAGCAUUCCUUGGGAAGACAAUUAAGGAUGCUGUUGUAACGGUUCCUGUUCAUCCAUCUUUACCCUUCCGCACAUACGGGAAUAUCCUUCCUCAGGUCACCACUUUGAUUUGA